CAUGGGAACGCGCGGCGCGGACGGACGCGUUACCGCGACACCGCGGUUCGGCCCGCGGAUGGCGGCGAGCCCGGGGCCCGGGGCGCCGAGGGAGGCCGAGGGGGCCGCGAGGCGGCAGCCCGCCCGCCCCUUCCUGGCCUGGAGCGCGGCGGAGGUGGCGCAGUGGGUGGCGGAGCUCGGCUUCCCCCAGUACGAGGUGCGGAGCUGCCGGCCGCGCCUGGGCACCGGCCCCGAGCCUCCGCCCUCGCCGCCUCCUGAAACGGAGGCCCCUAAUGGGGGGCGGGGGGGGGUUAAUGGCCCAGGGCGACCCGCCGCCCGGGGCCCAUCCGCCUUUCCCUGCUGCCCUACCCAGGCCUGCUUUAGGGACAACGGCAUCACCGGCCGCCGCCUCAUCUUGGUGAGCUGCUCCAGCCUGCCGGCCAUCGGCGUCACGGACUUCGGCCACAUGCAGGAGAUUUCACGACAUGUGCGAGAGUUGCUGGGGAUUGAGGAACCUCUCUUCAGCAGAUCCAUUGCCCUUCCAAACAGAGACAACAUGGGUCUCUUCCUGGAGCAGAAGUCCCAGUCGGGAGAGAAAGCAGAUGCCCUCACUUUCUCAAGGUUUGUCCAAGAAGCAGGGCUGGAGCCCUAUGCUACAGUUCCCCCUUUGGAGCAAAUCCAGACUGAGGUAGAAGCAGAUACUCUCCCAGUAUUGCAGAGCACCCAGAGUCAGGAUUAGAGUCUCACAGUGUAGUUCCAUCUCUGUAAAAAGCCCAGAUGGGGCAGCAAUAGAUAGCCUUAUUACUUCGCAGUUUGUCCAAGCUGGUACAGUUCCACUUUCUCUGUGUUAGAGACAAGAACAUUGCUGCUCUUAGCCAUUUCUUGAUAGCCAACACAUCCCUAUAUUAGCUCUUUUCUGCAAUCAACAUCCUUAGUUUGCUUCUAGGAACUAACUGAAGCAGAAGCGAUAAAUCAGGCAUGAUUGCACCACUGUCUAUCAUUCUCUGCUGCUUCACAGUUGAUUAAAAAGACCAAGAGACAAUCAUAGAUGUGUUUGAAUUAUCAGCAAUUGAUGAUUACUUUCCUACAGGUCAAGUCACACUUCAGCAUUUGCAGACCUGGUCCACUGUUAAACACAGAUGGCAUAUACAAUAACUAGUAUACACUUGUGGUGCCUGAUGCUGUCAGUGCUCUGAAAGGUUUUAGUUACAACAUAAACAAUGAAUCCCUAUCCUCAUGGCAGAAAUGAUUAUCUGUGAGGUAAGACCAGGCAGCAGUUUAUUGUAGUAAACAAUACUGAAACACAUGACAGAUGAAGGCAGGAAGCAUAAGAGAAUACUGUAAGCUCAACUAGAGAAUUAGAGAAAUGAUUUGUCCUGGGUGGAUUUGGACCAAGCUAACUCCACCUUCCUUGAAAGAAGUAUCACACAGACUAUAGCGGUGGUGCAACUUCCAUCAUCAUCAGCAGCACCAUCAGUACCAUCAUCAGCAAGGAAGUAUGGAUAAGUGUUGAUUAAAGUCUGUCUCAACAGGAAAAA